AUGCCUCCUGGAACCUCUCCGGCUAGUGACACCCCGCCUAAUGGACCUCAUCCGCCAUCUCCACCGCCACCACAAGUACCACAAGUUCUCGAAUCAUCGGGACUCCCGUCUAGUGCCGAGGAAGAGGCUUCCGGGGUCUCCCAGAGUAAUGCUAAUGCUACAACUCCUUCAAAUACUGAUGAACUUAUGACUGUGGCGGUCACGUCUACAACUUCUUCUGAACAAGAGAAAAUUGUUCUGAAAAUUCUGUCGCCAGUUUUUGAAGACAUCACAAAGGUGGAGAACAUCAGUGACUCGGAAGAAGUGCUUCGUGUCAACUUCCAUGGGGAGGGAAGUGGUGACAACGAACCGGAGUUGAUGUCCACACUGGAAUCGUCUCAAGAAUCAGUGAAUGAGACGAUGACAACACCAAGAAUGGCAUUUACUACCGCUACAACAAUAGAUUCUGAAUCAUCAACGACUUCUUCGACUUCAACAGCAACAACUGAGUCAUCAUCAUCAUCAUCUACCUCUUCAUCAGAACCCGUAACUGAACCAAUCACGUCUUCAACUUCAACUUCUACUUCUAUUCCAACUUCCACUACUACAACCUCAACCACAACCAUCUCAUUAUCCACAUCAACGCCAAAUGAUACUUCUCGGGAUGAAGCGACACAAGUGGAGAAACUUGAAACAAAGUCGCGUCCGACCACAAAAGGUAGGUGUGAAACAAACGUUACACCAUUGUUAGCAACCAAUCGAGUUUCAGAAUGCAAGGACAUUCUUUUCCUUUUGGACUCUAGCGGAAAUGUGGUGCAGCAAUAUGAGAAGCAGAAAAAGUAUAUUGAGGAGAUUGUAAGCCAGUUGGAAGUGCAGCAUCCGCGUCGUGUUAGUUUUUGUGUUCAGUCGGUCCCGUUAACAUUUGUUGAUCUUUCAGUUGGCCUUGAUCACAUUCGCCGGACGAACGCGGCAAAAGAUAGUGGUUCCGCUGCCUGAAGAGCCGAAUAGCAACAAUUUUACGGAAAAAUUAAGAAGUUGGUUGGGGUAAAAGGCAGGGGUCCAGAAUGUUUCACAACCAGGGAUUUGUUUGAAGAUUUCGAGAAAAAUGGUUUCCCAAGGGAAGAGAGAAAAGAAAGACAUUAUGACACCAGGAAGAAAUAUGUAUAAAUUUAUCUUUUCAGAAGCUAGAUUCUUGCGAGGAGUCACCGCUGCUGGAGCGGCAAUCUCUGUGACAACCCAAUAUGUUCUCCAAAAAGCUCGAAACGUUCAAGUCGUAGUGGUCACUGACGGAUUCUCAUUCGAUGAUGUCCUGCACCAGUCUGAAGCACUCAGGUACAUCACAUAAAUAUCCGAAAAUUAUGAAGGAAUCCAUUUUCAGAACAGUUGUUGGAUCAGAAACUUAUGCAACAGGAAGAUAUUUCCCAGUGGUGAAGUGAGUGCUCCCAAAACAAACUCAUUAAAACAGAAUGGAUCUAUGAAUACCUUCAGAAACGUGCUAUUGUCGAUUGGCGGAACAAGCGAUCAUGUUUUCUUUGGAAAGAAAGAGCAGCGACUCAUCGACGCACUGCAGUGUUGA